AGCCGCCGGGGCUCGGGCUGUGCGCUGCCUCCGCUCGCCCGCGCCGUGCGCCAUGCGCCGUGCCCUGUCCGGCAGCCUCUCCGCGGCCGGCGCCGCCUCGCCGAGGCCGCGGCUGGCGCACCGCCGGGAGCGCCUUAGCCUGGCCCCGCGGCUGCGGCCCUCGCUCGAGCAGCGCCCGCUGGUGCCGCCGUCAGCGCCCUCGCAGCGCGCACGGGGCAGCCGGUGGCACUCUGGCGGUGCCGCCUCGGCGCCGCAGCUGACCCGCCGCGAGCAGGACCGCCUGGCUGCGAGGGCCUUUAUCGUGGAGCGUGGCUACACGCCCGAGGUGGCGGAAGGCGUCGUGGCCGCGCUCAGCGCGCCAGGCUCUGGCGUAUCGCCGGGCGGCCUCUUGGACAUGGUCAAGAUGAUGGGCGGGCGGCCCGAGAUCGGAGAGGACGCGGGGCUGGACCCGCUGGCCAAGAGCGUGGAGUUGGAGCUCGCGCGACAGCGCGGGCGGGAAGUGAUCCACUUUACGUUCGUGCCGCCUGGCGGGGGCGAUCCCAUAGCCUGCGAGGGCCUGGCAGGGAUGUCGCUGAAGGAUGUGGCCGAAUAUGGAGACGGCGACGGAGCCAGGGUCCUCGCCGAGUUUCUCGAGUGUGCUUGCAGUGGGGUCAUGGCUUGUUCUACUUGUCAGGUCUACGUGCACCCGCGGUGGUCCGCCAAGGUCGGGGAGCCGGGGGAUGCGGAAGUGGACAUGCUCGAGUUGGCCCACGAGCCGCGGGACAGCUCCCGGUUGGGGUGCCAGCUGAAGCUCGCUCCCGAGUUGGAAGGCCUCCAGAUCGAGAUCCCUGGCGGCGCCAAUAACAUGUUCGACGACCUAACGUCGCACAAAGUGGUCGUGGAACGCACUUGAGCCGCACUCUUUUUCAACCUGUCUGUUUUCUCCCUCUCGUCCUUCCGCCUCCUCCCCUCCUAAGUUCAGUUUACCUUUCAGGAGGGGGGGGAGAGGCAGGAGGAGCGUGCUGCAUUCAAGUUAUUCCACCGCCAGUUUCCUUCACGCAUCUGCCUCUAUCCCUGUCGGCGGCUCUUCCCUGCAUGCGGUCGCGCCGGCCCGCGGCCGAGGCGCGCGGAUCGGGGGCGUGCUGGUCUCGUUGCGUUGCCUCCUUGCUUGGCGCCCCUGCGCCCCCAUCCUCUUUCAGCAGUUGUCCUCGUCGGCCUCCUCUCUUCAGGAGGGAAGGAAACACACAGACACAAUGAAUCGUCGACUCCCCGGAA